AUGUCGAUCCUCGCCUUUAGCCUCUGCGCGCUCGCCGGCAUCGCCUCCGCCGCCAGCGGCAAGCGCGGCCUCGUCUUCACGCCCAAUCCCUCGUACCCACAGGACAACAAGCUCUGGCGGCCGCCGGGCAUCGACCUCACCUGGUACUACAACUACGGCAGCAUCCCGUCGCCCGCCUACGCCGACGUCGCGCAGGACCAGUUUGAGUUUGUGCCCAUGAUGUGGGGGGUCGGCGCCGACCCUAGCGACGCGUCGUGGCUCGCCGAUGUCAAGGGCCUCAUCAAGCAGGGGCGCAACAUCACCCACGCCCUCGCCUUCAACGAGCCCGACGCCCCCAACUCCUGGGGCGGCAGCAACGUCGACCCGCACAUCGCCGCCCAAGCUUGGGUCGCCAACUUUGAGCCCCUCGCCGCCAUGAAUGUCAAGCUCGGCCUGCCUGCCGUCACCGGCGCGCCUGCGGGCCUGGUCUGGCUCAAGCAGUUUCUCGGUAACUGCUCCGCGCUCGUCAGCAGCAAGAGCAGCGGCGGCGGCACCAAGAACUGCACCUUUGACGUGGUGCCCGUCCACUGGUACGACAACUUUGGCGGCCUAGCCUCGCACAUUGGCGAGCGCAGGGCCCUUUGGCCCGACGCCGAGAUCUGGGUCACAGAGUACGCCUUUGCCCACCAGGACCUCAACCCCACCCAGCAGUUCUUCAACCAGACCGUCGACUACUUUGACAAGGAGUCCUACAUUGGCCGCUACUCGUACUUUGGCGCCUUUCGCUCCAGGAACUCGAGCGUCGGCGCCAACGCUCCCUUUCUCAACAAUGCCGGCAAGCUGACGGAUAUCGGCUCCUGGUACCUCGGCAAGAGCGCAACGGGCGUGAACCCUCAGAGCAAGGCGUUUAGCGUCGCUCCGUCGGGGCUUGUCGCGGGCGGCGUGGCGGCUGUGGCUGGUCUCGUGAUGGCCUGGGCGUAG